AUGCGUUCAAUGAUCCCUUUUCUAGCCGCCGGCAUCUCUCUCCUCGCCAACACCGCCACAGCCCUCUAUUGGAUUCCCCUUCCAAAAGGUAACGGCUUCUUUCUGAUCUAUGCCGCAGACAACGACCAAGAGGCCAUCGGCUGCCUUGCCGAAGACGGCAAAUGGACAAACGGGCAGGUCACUGCAUGUGGUAUCCCCUAUUCUGAUGGGGAGGGAUACGUGGAAGGGUUUGACGGCUACCUCAAAGUGAAUUCGAACCGUGUCAUUACGACUGCGAAGGAUGAAGCUGAUGCCUCGGAUUGGGGUUCAUCUGCCACUGUUGACCUCACUAUUUCUCUCAUCUCGAAGGCUCUCCCGGCAAUGAUUCUGGCUGAUGGUGGUCAAUACCUGGACUUCGGUGGUGGUGGACCCUUUUGGUAUGCUGCGGCUGCUCCGUCGGGGGCGGAAACGGUUGAACUGAAUGCUGUGCCUAUGGAUGGGGAUCAGGUUCAGAAUGUUACGCUGUCGUGGCUGGACUAUGAUAGGUAUAAGGCAUGGAGCGCGUCUAACGAUGCUGGCGAAGAAUGA